AUGGCAAGGAAGCAGAUAAAUGAAGGGAAUGAUGAUUUGGAGAGCAUCAUCUUCUCUUGGUCUGUGGAUGAUGUAUUUAACGAAGGCCUUUUCAAGGGGAAGGUGGUGAAAAACACUGAAACUUUUGAUUCUGUAGAGAGUUAUCUGAAUUCAUUUGUGUUUCCAUUGCUUGAAGAAGUACGUUUAGAAAUGUGUUCUUCUCUGAACGGUAUCUCAAGAGCUCCGUUCAUCCAUAUUUCUGAAAUUGAAUCUAUUGAUCUAAGUAACAGUAAAAGCAAGUACAGAAUGACAGUUUUCUUGGAAAAUGCUUCAUUUGGAGGUGGAAAACAAGUUUACAACCCAAAAAAAGGAGACAUAUUAAUCUUGUCAGAUUUAAAACCAAAGCACAUACCUGAUCUAAAUAUAAAAGGAAGAACUUAUUGCAUUGCUUUGGUUACUAAAGGAGGGGAUGAAGAUGCAGAGAUGCCACCAAAUUCAUUUAUUAUCAAUACAUCAAGCAAGAUUGAUGGGAAAUAUCAUGGCAGAAUCAAAGGCAGAGAAGUCUCUUUACUUGCAAUAUACUUGCUUAAUGUUACACCAUACAGAAAUAUCUUCAGGGCUCUUAACAUUGAGCGGGCAAAACAAAGGGAUUCUGUUCUUGUGAAGGAGCUUUUAAAUCCUCGCUCUACGGUUCCUCAUCAUGAUCAAGCAGUUGAUGAUCAUUUGAAGGAGAGUUUGUGGUCUUUUAACUUGAAUGAGUCUCAGGACAAUGCAGUGUUGAAUUGUAUUUUAGCAGCUCAAAGUUCCAACAAGUGUUCAAUUAACCUUAUUUGGGGGCCACCUGGAACUGGAAAGACUAAAACUACUGGUGCUCUGCUCUGGAUGUUGAGACAAAUGAAAUGCAGAACACUGACUUGUGCACCAACAAAUACUGCAGUGAUCGAAGUUGCUUCACGGUAUAUGAAAUUGUUAAAUGAGAAUGCUGCAGGAAGUAAUACUCAAUCACUUGCAGAUAUGGUGUUGUUUGGUAAUAAGGAUCGCUUGCGCAUUGAUGGUGGAAAUCUAUCAGAAGUGUUUUUGGAUAAUCGUUAUGAAUGA